UGAAAGCUGAAGCAGAGGAUGAAUGAGUUAUGGCAGUGUGCUAUGGUAGAAGAAUGAGUAUGAGUUAUUAUAGUACUCUGUGUAAGUGUAUAGUGAUGUAAUCAUGGUAGAAUGUUGAGUUAUGGUAGUGUGCUGGUAGAAUGUUGAGCUAUAGUUAUGUGCUGGGGUAGAAUGAUUUACGUUGAUGGUUGUAGGUGUGUUAGUCUUAGCAGAUGCAUGAGUUGUGGCAUUGUGCUUCUAAUCGCAACGUUGGUUGAGCGGUGGAAGCGAUCGUCGACUGGUUGGAGCAAACGAAUCCAGAACGUCUAUUACAAGAUUUUUGGACUAUCUUAUUGUCUAGUUGACAGUUUACACGUACACCUCUUGAUGUUGUAUUGGAUUUACAGUUUUAUAUUAUCAUGUUGUAGUUAAAAAUGUUUAAAUGGCGUGUAAUGAUGUAAAAACGAUCUCGAAUCUUACGAACUCAAAACUUUAUUUAUUCCGUUUGCAAAAAUACCAGGUGGAGCUUCAUUUUUUCACCACCCUUUUCAAAAUUACAUCCAUCAAUCACAUAGUUGUUAGCUGUUAAGAAUUGUUCAGAGUUAGCCGUCGGACGCGUAUGAAAACUUACCACUUAGUUACAAAAACACACAUAUGAAACACUGUCAACUUGAUUCCAACUCUUACAAGACCUCCUGAUAACAAGAAGCUGCUAAUUAACUAACUAGUCUAAGAAUCGGUAUGGUAGAAGAUUAGCAAGAUGUUCAGGACGAAAUAUGUCAGCGCACUACUCAUGUUUAGAUAGAUUUGUUUAAACUGACCGACCCGGGUUGAAUUUAUUCACGUUGUCUACUUACCCCUGAGGACGAAACAAUAACAAAUGUCCUCCUGAGCUGACAUCAAUAAUAGUAAAACCAACUUCUGUGCUAAACAACUUAAGACACAACUUAUUAUAGAAGUUCAUCUCUCGUCUCACGAGAAGGAACCACCUCACCAGACUCCUGAAGGCAGAAGUUGUUGUACCAGUACUACUAUACAACUAAAGGGUCC